UUUGAAAACCGGAGAAGUCAGAUGGCCCGGUGCAUUGUGGGUCAGUCCGCCGCCAUAUGUGUCUUUCUGCCGGCUGAAGGAGAGAGCUAGGAGACAUGAAAGGAGUCCGCUCCCUGAACAACUUCUCGAAACGCUGCUAUGCCACUGCCAGGCGGGGCCAAACUUUGACUGAACCCCUCACGAACGUGAACCCGACCCAAGCUGUGCCUCUUCCUCCUCAAAAUGUCCAGGUGUCGAAACUCCCGAACGGGCUGGUGAUAGCGUCGCUGGAAAACUACUCCCCUUUGUCAAGUGUCGGUGUGUUUGUAAAAGCUGGGAGUCGCCAUGAGAACGCAGAAAACCUGGGUGUUUCUCAUGUGCUGCGACUUGCCGCUAACCUGACCACAAAGGGAGCAUCUGCUUUCAAGAUCUGUCGCAGUGUGGAGGCUUUGGGAGGAAGCCUGAGUGUUACCGGAUCAAGAGAAAAUAUUAUCUACUCUGCAGACUGCCUGAGAGAUGACCUAGAUUCGCUGUUGGACCUUCUGGUCAACGUGACCACAGUUCAGGAGUUUCGGCCGUGGGAGGUAGACGAGCUGACAUCCAGGGUGAAAACUGACAAGGCUUUGGCUCAGCAGUGUCCUCAGAUAAGUGUAAUUGAGAAGUUGCAUGAAGCAGCAUAUAAGAAUGCCUUGUCCAACUCUCUGUACUGCCCUGACUUCAUGGUUGGUCGUGUCUCCUCUGAACAGCUCCACUCCUUUGUUAAGGAUAGUUUCACCACUGGCAGAAUGGCACUUGUAGGAGUAGGUGUCAAUCACUCUGUCCUGAGGCAGGUGGGUGAAUGUCUUCUGAGCGUUCGCAGUGGAACUGGAGCACCGGUAGCUAAAGCAGCGUACCGUGGAGGUGAACUGCGAGUGCAGAAUAGAGAUGAACUAGUCCACGCGCUGGUCGUUAGUGAGGGUGCUGUGACGGGCACCGCCGAAGCUAAUGCCUUCACCGUGCUGCAAAGGAUCCUGGGAGCCGGUCCUCAUGUGAAGCGAGGCUCCAGCUUCACCAGCAAACUGAGCCAGGGUGUUGCCAAAUCUACCGCACAGCCGUUUGAUGCCACUGCUUUCAAUGCCUCAUACUCUGACUCUGGCCUGUUUGGUGUCUAUACCAUCGCACAGGCCACGUCUGCUGGAGAGGUGAUCAGAGCUGCCAUUGCUCAGGUGAAAGGUGUUGCAGAGGGAAGCGUUACAGAGGCAGACAUCACCAGAGCAAAGAACCAGGUGAAAGCAGAGUAUUUGAUGUCCAUAGAGAGCUCCGAGGGCCUGAUGGAGGAGAUUGGGGCUCAGGUUCUGAGCACUGCAUCCUACCAGGCUCCUGAAUCCGUCCUCCAGGCUAUUGACACCAUCACCAAGAAUGAUGUAGUUAUGGCUGCCAGAAAAUUUGUUGAUGGCAAGAAGACCAUGGCAGCAAGUGGACACCUUAUUAAUACACCAUUUGUGGAUGAAUUAUGAAAAAGAAAAUCAUAUAAAGACCAUUUAUUUUACCUUGGAGUUGGUGUACUGACAUUAAUAAAAGAGAAAACAAAGUUAGCUCCAGAAUCAAAAUGCAUUUUAUCUUUUCUGGGUUUCGUUUGUCAGUUUAACUGCAUAUUGGUGUAAAUUAAAGCACUGGCAGUAAAACUGAUGUUUGUCGGGUAAAUUUAGCAUCCUGAUAUGAAAUCAUUCAUAUUCUAAUGUGAUCGAGGUGUGAUGGAUAUGACAACUGGUCUUCGUUAAAUAAAAAUACUUCAUGCCAGCUUCUCACAUGACAGCACAAUGCAGUCACUGAAAGUUAAAGGAUUUUUUUGUUUCCAAGCAGUAAGUACUUUCAGAAAAGGUACUGUUUUGAUCCUCAGCCAGCAGAAGGACCCAAAACAAGCCCAAGGCUCAGUUUAUAGAUGUAAGUGUUGCAAGAAUUAGGGAUGAUUAAUCCAAAUUUGUGCUCCUCCAUGUUUUGUUUUUUUCAGUCAGCAGGGUCAACACCUCUCAUAUGAUCUUUGAUAUUUAUUACUUCAAAGUGUCAAUAUCUUUAAAAUGUACAUAAAGAAAAUAAAAUCAUUAUGGAUUCAUA